AUGGCGGGCCGCUUUGUCACGAGUCGCUCCAACCCCGGCGGAUUGGCCGUGUACGAGCUUGACACGGCGAGCGUCUCGGCGGUCUUUCCCUCGCACGACGUCCCGACAGCGCUCAAGGCCAUGGUCGAGGUCUCUCUCCGUGACGUCGGCAGUCUCAUUGCCAAGGACACCCAUGACAUCGACACGGCCAAGCUCCAGGCCUUCUUUCCUGACGGCCUCCGGGCCACGGAUGAGCUCGUCGUGCUGCCGUACAACGAUGUGCGCACGCAAACAGUGGGCCUCACCGACCUCCCGGCACUUCCUCUCGGCCACCGCGCUGCGUUUGUCGGGCACUUCAAGCUGGAGCUCGCACCGGGGAUCGACACGACGCGGUUCAUCGCAAUUGGCGGCCCGCAACUCGAGCUCCUUCUUGCGGGGAAGCAUCGACUCAUGAAGUGGAAGCGCGACGUGGAAAAGCUUCUUGAAGGCUCCGCAUCGAUCCCGGUUAACGCGCCGACGACGCCUCAGCGUAUCAGAGGCAACCCACGCUUCAUGGCGACUCCGUCGCCCCAGCGUAUUCGAGGCAACCCGCGCCUAAUGACGUCUCCGUCGGCUCGACGCUUGGCGCCGCUGCCGUCACUAUCGCCGCUUUUGAUCGAUUUUAUUCCGCUACCGUCGCCGCUGUCGUCGCCGGCGUCGUCGCCCGCCAUGAAGAAGAAGGCCGGCGCGCGUCUCAAGGCGAUGGCGGAGCUGGACCCGAUCAAGGCGAUGAUGACGGCGUUCGACGACGCCAAGACGCCCACGUCGUUCAAGACGCCGAGAUCGUCGGCCGAGACGCGCGAUUAUUUCCUCAGAGUACUUUGGCCCGAGGCGCCCACGUUCUCGACCAAGAUGUCGACCAAGGAAACGUACAAGGUACAUUUCGGCGCGCUGCUCAUCGCCGAAGCCCAAGCCGCGAUCGUCUGUGGGAAGAAAACGCUGCCCGCUACGUCCACCGCACUCGCGGCCUCGUUCGAAGGCGUCUCGGACCCCAACGUGGCGACGUUCCAGACGCUUGAAAAGAACUCGCUCAUCAUUGGCGACGUCGUCCGACUCAAGGUCGACAACGCGCGACAUGCGAUCGGCGUCGUCGAGCGCGUUUACGGGCCCAUGAUCGACGUCGUCCUCCUCCAGGCGGACAAAAAGGCGCUCGACCUCCCGAAGGCCAAGGCGAUCGAAGCCAAGGUGGUCACGUCGCUGGUGACAACACUGCGAAUGCUCGAGGGCGUCGGCUCCGUCGACAAGUUGCCCGAGCACUUGCGCGACGUUGUGCUCAACCAGUCGCGAGCCGCCGCGACCGUCUCGGUGCUCAAGGUUGCCGCAACGAAGCUGCGCGGCGUCAUCCAGACGUCGACCGGGUUGCCCAAGAUGCCAACCCAGGGCAAGGGCAAGGCCAAGGCCAAGAAGAACAAGAUGCCCACGGAAGACGAAGACGCCGUGCUGACGCUCUUGACCGACCUCGCCAAGAUGAAGAUGUCGGUCGAGAGCCUCGAGGCAACCAAGAUCCACGAGGUCGUGGCCGAGCUCAGCGAUAAGGACAAGGCGCCCACCAAAGCGAUCGCGAUGGCGGCGGCCGCGCUUGGCAACUUUUACAAGUUGCUCAUCACACCGUCGCUCUACGACGUGGACGUCACGGUGGCCGGGCUCCUCGCGUCCGACAUGAACCCGUCCCAGUUCAAGGCGCUGCGUCGCGGCCUCGGCAACCUCGAGACGGGCAUCUCGCUUUGGAAGGGGCCGCCGGGUACCGGCAAGACGUCGACGAUCUGCGCCCUGCUCUCGGCGCUCCUCUCCAAGGCCUCGCCGUCCAAGGGCCGACUGCCAAGUGUCCUCGUGACCUCGGACUCGAACGCCGCGAUCGACGAGAUUAUCGAGCGCGUCUUCUCGGUCGGCAUCUACCUCGUCGGCCACCCCACGAAGGUCCAAGCGCAGCUGCCGCGCCCGGAAGGACCCGAAGAGCCCGCGCUCACGGCCGUCAAGAUGGGCACUCGACAUGGCGCGCGGGACGUUGGCCUCGCGACGGCGGCCGCGCACUACAAGGCCGAGAUCAACGACGCGCUCCGCAAGCUUCCCGCCAACGGCAAGCGCGCCAAGAACCUCAACGUCGAGAAGAACCUGAGCAAGUGGGACCUCUUUGCGCGCAUUGCGGGCCAAGCCAACAUCAUUUUUGCGACGCAUUCGUCGUGUGCGGGUUCCGACAUGGCGUACAAGCUCCGGCAAUCGGGCUUUGACGCCGUUAUCGUCGACGAGUGCGGCCAAGCGACCGAGCCGAGCUCGCUUCUCGCGCUUCUCGCGCAGGCCGGUCGGUUCUUUUUUGUCGGUGACACCAAGCAGCUCGCGCCGACGGUGCUCAGCAAGACCGCGGAGGAGCACGGUUUGGCCGUCUCGCUCAUGGAGCGCUUGGAAGGGUAUCUGCCCGUGACGAUGUUGAACGAACAACAUCGCAUGCACCCAUUUAUGAGUGCAUUUACGACCAAUGCGUUCUAUCACGGCGCCUUGACGGACGCGCCGGCGAUCGCGCAACGUGUGCUGACCCAAGACCCGGCCAUGUACGCCCACCCGAUGUUCCAGCCGCUCACGGUCGUCGACAUGGCGGGUGUCGAGAAGCUCGUCGGCACGUCCAAGCAGAACGACGCCGAAGCCACGUUUUGCAUCGACCAGAUCGAGCAACUCAUGCUGACAUACCCACAAGUCCAGAGCGGCGAGUGGAGCAUCGGUAUCAUCACGCCGUACAAGCCGCAAGUGCACAAGCUUGUGGCUGCCAUUGACGCCAAGGUUGCGGCCAAGAUGAUGGACAAGAAGAAGAAGAUGGACUUCAAGCCGUGGACCAGCAUCGAGGUGUCGUCGGUCGACGGCUUCCAGGGUCGUGAGAAGGACAUUAUCAUCGUCUCGUGCGUCACGAGUGGCAAGAUGGGUUUCCUCGCCGACGACCGACGCACGAACGUCAUGACAUCCCGCAGCCGCCGCUUCUGCCUCAUCAACUGCAAUGCCUCGGCGCUGCAAGGCCACGCGACGUGGCGCAAGCUGUUUGCGCAUGCCCAAGACAAGUGCGCGUUUGUCGACGCCGGCACCAAGAGCUUUGCGGCCGUGUGGGCCAAGACCGAGGCGGACGACGACCUCAAGGCCCGCGUCUACCGCCAGCACGUGACGCUUCGUGCGACGCUCGAGCAACACGAUGACGAAAAAGAAAAGGCGGAUCCGGAUGAUGAAGAGAAGAAGGCGGACCCCGAUGAGGAGGAGAAGAAGGCCCCGGACGAGGAAGAGACCAAAAACGAGACGCUUCCGGACGCCAAGCGCAAGCGCGGCGAGAGUCCCAAGAGUCGCGAAGAUCGCAAGAAACGUCUCGAUGCCGCGCGAGGGGUGGGGCAAUAGUGCGAUAUCGCUCCGAUGGCUCAUGGGAACGUGUAGAAGACGCGUCGAACGUGACCAAGGACGACGCAGGCCAGCAUGAACCGUCUCCAGCCCGCGGAACCGCUCUUCUCAUUAUUUUAUUCAUAUUUAAUGC